GGGUGCUUUUGGAGCGAAGAAGAGAAAUUCAAAUUUCCGAAGUAAAAUUACAAAACUGAGACGUUUACCUAGUGAUUUAUGAGGAUUUAGCAUCCAUAACACCUCCAAGUUUAAAUGGCAUGUUCUUGGCGUUGGCUUGCAAUAUGGUCGUUUUUCAUUCUGUUGGAAAGAUAUAUAACCAUUUUUGAUCUCAAAGGGAAAAUUGAUGUCGUAUAACGUGAUUUCUCGAAAACCUUUGAUAUGGUCAAUCAUGUAUGUCUUAUCAGAAAACUCAAAGUGUUAGGCGCCACGUCGCCAUUACUUGAUUGGCUUACUUUGUAAGUCAUGGUAAAUCUCACUUGGGCUAAAAAUGUCCCAGUGGGAUCCGUCAGGGUUCGGAACUAGGACCUCUUCUUUUCUUGAUUUAUAUACAUGGCCUUCCACAGAAAUUGUCAUCAGAUUUAUUACUUUUCACUGAAGAUGAGUAAUAGCACCCUUAACACUUCUGGAUAUACCCCGUCACCAAACUUAGUGGUAACACCCAUGAAUUGGAGGCCCAACAUAUGGGAACACUUUUCACCCUUUGCGAGUAGUCAGAUGCUGGAAUUCACUUCUGGUUGAGCUCGUUGAAGCAGCUUUUCAGAUUUUCUAUAAGAGGAACUUGAUAUAUUUUUAUGGACUAAGGAUAGCGUCUCACUAUGCUUUAAUAGUGUUUUCCUCCCACUUUAUCGUUAACUGAACCCAGAUUCCUGGCUGGAGGCAUCAAAUAUCCACUGCUACUAGAUAUGAAAGCUCGUUGAGCGAGAGCUUCUUCUAUUCCGUCGACAGUCAUUUGAAGGUCGUUGGGGCAAAAGAGGGGCGACUUCAAUCUCAAGGUGGAGUACUGGUGGACUACCUUUUAGCGACGCUAGAGUGGCCUUGAAAGUGUCCACAGCAUCCUUAAUACUUCUAGACAUCCCCUUAAUCACCUACCUAAGGUUAGUUCCAACACAAACUUUAGAGGUAACACUCAAAAACCAGAGGCACAAAACAGCAGAGCGGACUAUAGACACACCUCCAUCUCCCUUAAGAGUAGUUAAAUGUUGGGAUUCGCUGCCGGCUGAGCUAGUCCAAGCGACUUCCCAGGAGUCUUUUUAGAGAAAACUUGACAUAUUCUUAUGUACUAAGGACAAUAUCCUUAUGAUCUACCAACUUGUUGUCGUUAUUAUGCCUAGGUUCCUGCCUGGAGGUAUCAGUGAUCUACUGCUACCAGAUACGGAGGUCCAUCAAGCGAUCUCUGAGGUACAAAUUGAGAUUAUAACUAAGGUUAAGGUUGAGUUAGUGUUAAAAUAUUUCAAAACUUCCAAUAAGCACCAAUUCCUUCCUUCAAACUAUAACAUUUGGGAACAUGUAGUCAACAUAGACAAUUUCAUUAGUUACGCAAAAAUAACGUAUUCACGGAUUUUAUUCCGUUCGGUACUGUAAUUCACUUGUCUACUAUUUUCUUUUAAAUCGAAAUUUCUCUAAAUUCCCUCAUGCUAAGGACUAUGAUUAAAAUCCGCCAAUAAACAUCUGUCGAGUAAGUUUGAGUUGGUCUAAACAUACUUUGGUCUCACUUCCAUUGAUGUUUAUGCCCAUACUCUUUUUUAGUGAGUUAAGUUUUCACUUUUCACUAAUUUUAGGUUUUAUUUAAAUAUAAAGCCAGGCUAGGAUAGUUGCUGAUGUUUGGUAACAUUUCAUUUAAUCGAUCUCUAUAGUUUGUACUUACAGAAGCGGUGAUGUGAAUGCCAUGAAACUGUUGUUCAUAUCUUUCCUUACUUUGUUUGCAUAAAUGCGUAAAGCUUGUGUUCUUCAUUAAGUAAGAUUUACAGUACAUGUCUUUUUUUGUAGGACCAUCCAUUAUCUUUAAAUAUGUACCGAUCUGGCUUACUUAUUUUGUCACCGCAUGUGCACUCUCAGAAAUUAUUCUCUUUGUUAAAAUAUGUUAGCAAUGUAGUGAACGAAAAGCUGUUUUUAGCGAUUCUACGAAGUCCUUCGGAUUUUAUAUUUUGGAAAAAAGCGGCUACGUUGUGUUAUACAACCGCAUGUAAGGUUUGCCCAUCACUAAACGUCUGUCUUCUUCUUCCUACAACCAAGUAUACCAAGCCUUCAGUAAAGUUUGAUAUUGUAAUUUCACCGGAGUCUGAAUUUAGUCCUGUUUGGAUUUUAAAUGAAGCCCACAAUAUCAAUCCACUUUACGGUGAUCGUGUUAUAUAUGCUACCAUAGAUAAUUCCGAAUCAGACCUACCAAUUACUGAUGACCAAAUAACUGUUGCGUCAUCAGAUAAAUCACAUGAGGAUAUCUCCCGUGUAUGUCUCGGUGGUACUUUUGAUCGGUUACAUUAUGGACAUAAAAUUCUACUUACCGUUGGUGCUCUUUUGGCUAAAGAACAUUUGCUUGUUGGUGUAACAUGCUCUGAUUUACUUUCAAAUAAAUGUCUUAGCCCAUUGAUAUUUUCUUGGGAGAAGCGCAGUAAAAUUGUUCAAACUUUUCUCAGUGAUAUAGGCGUACAGUCUAAAAUUAUGAAAAUUGUUAAAUUAUCUGAUAAAUUCGGUCCACCUGGAUAUUCUGCAGAAUUUGACUGUAUUGUAGCCAGCUCCGAUUCUUUAGAUAGUUGUGAAAAACUGAAUGAAUUACGACGUGCGAAUGGAUUUAAGCCGUUAAAAAUUGAAGUAGUCGAUUUUAUGUAUUCAGCUAAGAUCUCCAACGAAUGUAAAGCCUAUCCUUUUGACUUGUCGGAUUUAAAGAUAUGUUCCUCAAAACUUCGUUUCAAUGAACUAGGCAGUCUGUUAAAACCUGUUAAUAAUAUAACUGUAAAUAAUUCUUCAUGUAGUCCAUAUUUGAUUGGUUUAACAGGACCAUCUGGUUCUGGUAAAUCAUCAUUGGCCAGACGACUCGAACAUUUAAGUGACCAAGUUCAUGUAAUCGAUUGUGAUCGUCUCGGUCAUGAAGCAUAUAUUCCUGGUACUCCUUGUCACCAAGCUCUUUUGUCUCAUUUUGGACGAGAAAAAAUAGCAUCUCCAGUGCCACCCUAUCCAAUAGACAGAGGCUUACUGGGAAAGCUAGUUUUUUCUGAUCCUGCUCAACUGAAAGAUCUGAAUUCCAUAGUUUGGCCUGAAAUAUUAAAAAAAAUUCUGACGCUUGUAAAAGAAAUAGAAUGUAAGGCAUUAGAACAAGAUCGGGAUCCUAAACGUCCGAUUAUUAUUAUAGAUGCCGCGGUGCUUUUACAGGCUAGGUGGGAUGAAAUGUGCCAGGAGGUAUGGUUAACAGUUUUAUCCCAAGCAGAAGCUCAGCGUCGGCUGUGUAAAAGAAACAAUCUAAGUCCGGAAGCAGCGUCAGAACGUCUUGCACGACAAGCUUCUGCUGUUGCUGAAGUGACUGGUGGGUACACUUGGUUUGAAGCAGGUCAGUAUUGUUCUCAGAAAAGUCCUAUCGACUAUGCACAUGUAAUUCUAAGUACAGAAUGGGACCUAGAAUGUUCGCAGUACCAAGUUGAAAAGUCAUGGAGAGCGCUACAACAAAGGUUAGAGCUAACUACAACAACCCAAUGAAUGCUUGCUAUUACCAAUUUGCAAUUUAUUAUCUGCUAAUUUGACACUAUGUAUUCAAUUAAUUGAAUUUUUAUAAUGAAUUUCACUUAUGGAACAAACAUGGUAUUAUAGCCAGUUGGACUUUUUCUAUCAGUCGAUAGUUCUAUGACCGUGCAUAAUAAACCAUUAUUAUUUUCGAUUAGUUUUGAUUUAAUU